AUUUGGAGCUAAAGUUGACAUUGAUUGCUGCUACUUUAUCUUCCACUGAAAUGUUAAUAUCGUGAACCUGUCCUCUCCCCCUUGUCUUCCUCCUUUUCUCUUCCUUUCUUGCCUUCCCCUCCUCCCGCCUCUUACAUUCUGCUUCGCAUUCACACGAAGGGCGCAGACAAGACAUCCCCCAAAAACAUCCCGGCCGUCCCGAAAUACCUACCCUGCACUCUGCUCUCCGUCGCGCUCAAGCUUCCAUCAAGCUUCCAUCAAGAGAGAAAAGAGGGAGACACCAAUACCCCGCCUCCACCGCCGGAACCUGCCCCGCCAAAGUCGACGCGCAGCCCGCGCAUCGCAUUCGCAGCCCGCCGUCGCAACGAAGCGCCCCCUUGGAUUUUGUGAGGUUUGAGUUGACAACCGCCAUCAUUCUUUCAAUCGCCAACAUGUCGGACGGGAGACGCGCCGUUGAGUCGGACAAGGUCUGGACAACCCUCAUCACCAACCUUGACUAUCUCCCCGGCCUCCUCACCCUCAACCACUCUCUCGUCAAGUCCGGCUCGGCGUACCCCCUCGUCGCCCUCUACACAGACUCCUUCCCGCCCGAGGGCCUCGCCGCCCUCGAGCGCCGUCGCAUCCCCGCCCAGCGCAUCGAGUACCUUCUCCCCACAAAGGGCCGCGACUACUCCAACGACCCGCGCUUCUACGACUGCUGGAGCAAGCUCUCCCCCUUCUCCCUGACCCAGUACUCUCGCGUCGUCCAGCUCGACUCCGACAUGCUCGUCCUCCGCAACAUGGACGAGCUGAUGGAACUCGACCUCGACGACGGCGACUUCGCCGCCCAGCAGACCCCCGGCGCCGCCAUUGGCGGGUCCCCCAGGAACCCUUCCUCCCCGGGUUCUCCGUCCCUCGAGGACCUCGCCGUCAAGAACCCGAGCACCCGCGUCUUCGCCGCCGGCCACGCCUGCGUCUGCAACCCGCUCAAGAAGCCACAUUACCCGGCCGACUGGACUCCGGCCAACUGCGCCUUCACCACCCAGCACGCCGAUCCGGACGCCGCCCAGCGCACCUCGCCCGACCCCGUCACCCAGUCGCCCCUGGGCUUCAUGAACGGCGGCCUGCAGGUCGUCAACCCCUCCAAGAAGCUGUUCGAGCAGAUCGUCCGGCACAUGGAGCUGGGCGCCAUGGACAUGGACUUCGCCGACCAGAGCCUGCUGUCCGACCUGUACCGCGGCCGCUGGGUCGCCUUGCCCUACGUCUACAACGCGCUCAAGACGAUGCGCUGGGACGGCGUCCACGCCGACAUCUGGCGCGACGCCGAGGUGAAGAACGUGCACUACAUCCUGGCCCCCAAGCCCUGGGACGAGAUCGACGCCGACACGGGCGAGUGGACCGGCACCGAGGAGUCGCACCGCUGGUGGGUCGACUUCAACAGGGAGAGGAAGGCGGGCGAGAAGGCGAGGGGGGUCGACGACCGGUUUUGAGGACGCCCGGGGGUGGGGGGCAGGGCGAGUCGAGGAAAGGGGUUUGAGGACGACGUAAUGAGGAGGAGAAGGAAGGGUGGACGCACAUAAACUCACUGCCACGGCAAUUUUUUUUCUCUUCGGUUAACUUGGCUUGGCCUGGCUUCACGGUAUUAAAGGGGAUGUUGGGAUACACUUCAAGCCUCUCGGUUCCAUGGGAAACGGACCGAGAUAAUAAUACCCGGGUAUUGAAUCGUGCUAGACAUCAGACACGUCUCCCCCCCCCCUCUCUAUGCAUGCGCCGCGCCAUGCAUGCUCAUUGUGUUUCCCGUCUCGGGCGAGAAUUCUGUGCGCCCUGCCUGAUCCCCCUUGUCCUGCUAACUUCCCGGGUCAGGCCACUGCCAUCACCCGUUUGUCGAACACAAUUUCGGUAACGUCAACUUGCGAGGCCCGAAGCCCUCCCCUCUUCUAUUGAUCUCGAGAUAAAUCCGUCAAAACACCAUAACGCCAGGGUAUCUAUCUGCCUUUAGUUUCC